AUGACGUCUUCUUCAACUUCAUCCGUUCAAAAGAACUUUAAGUAUAAUGUAUUUUUGAGUUUCAGGGGCGAAGAUACUCGAACAAACUUCGUUGAUCAUCUUGUUCAUACUCUCCAGCAAAAAAGCAUUCGUACUUUCAAGGAUGACAAGAGAAUCAAAAAAGGUAAAAAGAUCAGUGAUGAGCUCAUCGGAUCCAUUGAAGAUUCAAAAUUCUACAUCAACUAUGCCUCUUCAUCUUGGUGCUUGGAUGAGCUUGUAAAGAUAAUGGAGUGUCAUAGGACGACAGAGCACACUGCGUACCCUGUCUUUUAUGACGUUGAACCCUCGGAAGUCCGCAAACAAAGUGGGGCAGUUAGAGAAGCAUUUGCCAAGUAUGAAAUGGAAGAGGCUGCUGGGAAAUGGAGGGUGGCUCUGAAAGAAUCAACGGGACCUUGUUGGGUGGGAGUUGAAGAAGACCACUGA